GACUGCAUUAAAUGUUAGACCUAUUUAGAUAUCAAGUGAUGAAUUAACACAAUCAUCAGUUAAGAUCCAUUCGGCGAUUUAAUAAUCAACAACUUCAGAAUGAAGUUUGGUUGUCAAAGAUUGAUUAAAACAAUGACGCUCAUAUGUUUGUUGUACGCCUAUGCUGUAGAGUGUAAAAAGAUCGAUGUCAUAGUUCCACCAUUAUGGAGUAACAUCUUGCCAGUAUUAAACGUUGUAAAAGAAUUAAAGAAGUACAGCCACUCAGCAACAUUUGUUUUGUCAACCGCUAUGGACAAGAAAAUACGAAUGGAAGGAAUAUCUGUGCAAUCUGUGAUAGCAAAAAGUUUUGAUAAUAUAUCAAUGGAUAUAGUAACACAAGUUGUAGCUGAGAAAUUGAAUCGGUCAAAAUCUUUUCCAUUUUAUCAAAUAUUGGAAAGAGCAUCUAAACAUUGUCAUAACUUUAUGACAGAUGAUGAGCUUUUCCAACUUUUAUCAUCUGAGAAGUUUGCCUAUGCUAUCGUUGCCAACGCUCCUGGUAUUCUAUGUUAUGAAAUCCUUGCUUACAAACUUUCAUUGCCGUUUGUUUUCAUUGGUGCACAUUAUGACUCUUUACUGAAUCGUAUACCCUUUAACCCCGCCACCACACCAGUAUUAUGGUCAGGAUUUACAGACAAAAUGACUUUUGCACAACGUGUCUUAAACUCUCUGUUCUAUAUCAUUCAGCUGAUCAAACCAACAAUGCCUUCUUUUGAAAAUCUUGUGAGCAAGUAUGUUCCUGAAAAGCCUUUAAUAUCAAACAGCGAACUGAAAAAUAGCUUUAUUCUACAGAUAAUUGAUGGCGAUUUUUUAAUUGAUUAUCCACUUUUAACUUCACCGAAUGUUAUUAUGUGCGGUGGUUUAGGAACAAGAUCAGCUAAACCUUUAACGUCUUGGUUAGAGACAUUUGUAAAAAAGUCUAUAGAAGGCAUUGUUAUCGUUUCAUUCGGAAGUAUAAUUAAGUCAUGCCCUGAACAAAUGUUAAAUACAUUUCUUUUAGCCUUUCAAAAGACAAAACGCUUGAGUUUUAUAUUUCAGUAUGGAGAUGAUAAAAAAGAAAUAGGUAAUACUUUACUAUUGCCAUGGUUACCACAGAAUGAUCUACUUGGACAUGUUAAAACGAAAUUAUUUAUCACUCACUGUGGAAAGAGCAGCGUCUUUGAAGCUCUCUACCAUGGCAUACCAAUGAUAGGGUUUCCGAUAGUUCACGAUCAAGGUGCAAACGCUGCUAUUAUUGAGGAUAAAGGUUAUGGAAUAUCAAUGGAUAUUCUAAAUUUUUCUGCAGACGAAUUAGUUAAAACAAUUGAAAACGUAGCGUCUAAUAAAACGUUCAAAAACAAUAUCAAUGCAGCGUCUGAAAUAUUCCACAGUCGUCCACAGACACCGUCACAAAGAGCAGCCUAUUGGAUAGACUUGGUAAUAAGAUAUGGAAAGCAACAUUUCAGACCAUCAUCAAUUGAUAUGCCGUGGUACUCUUAUUAUAUGAUCGAUAUUUAUCUGUUUAUCACAGUUGGACUUGUCUUGGGAUUUUACUGUUUUAAACUUUUCUUAAACCUUUGUUCCCUAAUAUGUCAUAGAAAAAAGAAUGUAAAAGGAAAACAGGACUAAAUUGUAAAGCUAAGUUCCCGAAUUGUUUGGCUGUUAUAGAGUCUCAGGUUUUGUUAACGAAUGUUGCAUUUACACAAGACUCAUCAGUGUAACCCGAAUCAACAGUUUGAAAACCAAAUAGAAUAGACAAAAUUGAAGAGGUUAGAAAACAUAACUCCAAAUUAGCUGUGCUAAAAAGUGAUGACUAGUAAAAGGUAAAUAAAGGCAACAACAGAAUCGGUGUUCCAAAGAAAUAAACCGAUGGAGAGAAAACAUUCGGGUUGCAAACUAUAACCGAGGAAAAAACAUCAACUAUAAAAGAACAAUAAAGGAACAACAGGAACACUGAACUUUUAGAUAACAAAUGCCAUAUUCUUGAAUGGGUUCAGAAAAAGAAAAAUGGUAGUUUGAACUUGGUUUUAUGGCUAACCAAACCUGCCACUUGAAACCUAAGUGUUUCGAAUUCUUUUAUUGUAUGACCGAUUUGUUUACAUAUAAUGUUAACCUCGUCAGUGACAUUUUAUACUUAUAUCUGAAAAUUGACAUUGUGAGUCGAUAGAGAACAAAAGAGUACAACUUACCUUAUGGAAACCUUCAAUUUCUAUGUAGCAACAUUCCAUCAGCGCAUUCACAUGGAGAAUAAUAAAUCCCUAAUAAGAACGAUAUUGCUUAGCUUGCAAUUCAUAUCGUGAUUUUAAUGAUAGACGUUUGCCGCUUACAAAGAAUCUCCUUUCGAAAAAAACAAUUCGGAUGCAAUUACAGAUUGUCGUAACUCCAUUCCGAUCCUCAUUUCCUCGAAUGUAUCAUAAAAAAAUAGACUUUCCUACCUGGUUUGUAGUUACAUGGACAACACAUGAACAAUACAGGUGCCUCAUGUAGAGCAUGAUCUGACCAUUACGGGGGUUCUAUAGAUAUUUACCAGUUUUAGUCCGUAAAAACUAGUGAACGUAAUCAUCUAUAGCGAAAAAGGAUUAAAUGUGGGAGCUUAAAUGUUCAAUAGUAGUUGAGAAUUUUUCGAAAAAUUGUCUAGCGACCUCUUAAUCUUAAGGUGGGCACAUUUUUUUAAUUUUUAUUAGCAUAUACCGGCUUGAUAUAAUUUUAAAUAACGGCCUUUGUUUCUACAACAGUAAAUAAAAUAAUAUACAUAACAAACAUUCCUUUAAAAGAAUUGUACAGGAAACACACUCUGAAGCUCUUAAAGUCAUACAAGUCUCUUGUAAUUAUAUUAUUUCAAGGAAAGAAUUCAAUUCAGUUUGGAAUUCACGUUUAAAAAAACGGCUUUUGUUGCAUAUCCGGCCGAUUCAUUACGUAUACUGUGGAUACAUUUAUUUUAGCUGGUACCAAUUUUUCAUUGAUUGAGAAAAAACUUACAUAUUCGUGGAUAUCUAAUUGUGUGAUUUUGGCAAAGUCUAAAUAUAUUCAUGAACAUUUUAAUUUUUGGUCUCAAUGCACCUACGAAAUCCAUAAAAAUGAGUAUCGAACGAAUAUCAAUCUAUCCACAUUAAUUGAAAAAAACCCACAACAUUAUCAGUAACAUGAAGGAUUUUGAAGGACAAUUUCACUGAUGAAACAAAGUUUUUCUACUAUAUGUCAUCAUUGCAUAUAAUAUAAGUUAUUAACAUUAUAUUAAAUCAAUCUCACCAUAAAAUACACGAUAACAAUAAUUUUAAUUAAAACAAAAUUGAUAACAGCAGAGAUCAUUGUGCAAUUCUAGUAUGGUAGAUGGUAACAGAGAGGAAUUUAUUUUUCAAUUUUUAAUUACCUAGGCAGAUUUUUCAUCUUGCAAAUUAAGUUCUAAAUGAUAAAUGACAUUGCUUGCGGUUAUCUUUCAAAUGUGAUCAAUUUGUAAUGAUGUAUUUUUCUUGAACUAUGAAAUAAAGGAAGUGUUUUGAA